AUGCCGAAUAUGCCAUUUCCAGCCGUAACUAUUUGCAAUGCUAAUCCAUUUCGAGCAGAUCGUAUAAAUGAAACAUUACUUGCCUACGUUCAACGACAUGGCAUUAAUCUAACUGAAAAUAAUCGUUGGUCAUUAGUUACUUCUAUGCUUGUGAAUUUAUUCAAUCGAAAUGAAUCUGAUCAAUACCUUAAUAUUGGCUUUCAACUAUCAGAUACACUUAUUGAAUGUUCAUAUAAUCACAUUAAUUGUUCAUCGUAUUUUGUUCGUUCUUUCUCAUUAGCCUUUCACUACUGUUAUACGUUCAAUUGGAAAAUAACCACGAAGAAAUUAUUUACGUUGGCUGAUGUUGGCUCAGGAAUUUCACCAUUUGAAGGCUUAUCAAUGACAUUCUACGUGCCACGACAUCUCAAUUUUCCAAUGGCAGAGUACCCUGAUGGGAAUCCUGCUUUAGUUGCUGCUUGGUGUUUUCGAUGUCCUCCACAAUGUACACAUACUCAUUUUUCUACUGAAAUUAGUAGUCUGGCAGCACCUACACCUGCAGAAAAAGCAAUGUUGGCAGAAGUGCUACUAAAUAAUACUUUAAAUUUAGCCUUACCGACUGAUUUUCAUGAGAAUUUCGAUGAAUAUAUGAAUGCAAACUAUCUCCGGAUGACUAUUACCUGCGCAAGUGAAUAUGUCACAAUCAAAAGACAAGAGCCAAAAUUGUCCAUUGUCGAUACAUUUUCUGCUAUUGGUGGUCAAACUGGCCUGUGGAUUGGUCUCAGUAUAUUGAGUUUUGUCGAAUUCUGCAAUUUUAUCUAUCAACAAGCUACAAAACAAUUUCUUCUACGGCGAAAUCGACGACAAGUAGAAGAAAAUAGGAACAACACAAUCAUCGAACAGAAGUGA